UCCGCUCACUGUGCUUCCAGCCACUAAAACAGGCUGAACACUUGCAUCGUUUACCGCUUUGUUUCCUUUCUGAUUAGUUCCGGCUGAAGAUCCUACCAUUUCCAUUCAAGGAUUACCCCUCUAUCAAACUGUAUCCCUCGUCUGUGUUACUAUUCGGCGCUAUCUCCAGCCUCCCUUCGGACCAGCCCUGAAUGUCCUCAACCAUUACAGCUAUUCACCAUGUUGACGGUUGAAAAGUCAUGGGUCAAUGUUCAGCAGAAAACCUUUACAAAAUGGCUCAAUGAUAAGUUGAAGGUUCGAAGACUCUUCAUCGAAGAUCUAGUAUCUGACCUCUCCAACGGCAUCAUCCUCAUUCACCUUCUCGAAAUCCUCGGUGGCGAGCCCCUCGGUAAAUAUGCCUCGAAUCCCAGAUUGCGCGUGCAAAAAUUUGAAAAUGUCAACAAGAGUCUGGACACUAUCAAGGGGAGGGGAAUUCAGAUGACAAACAUCGGUGCAGAGGACGUCGUGGAUGGCAAUAGGAAGAUCAUCUUAGGGCUAAUAUGGACUCUCAUUCUGAGAUUCACCAUCAGCGAUAUCAAUGAGGAAGGUAUGACCGCAAAGGAGGGUCUAUUGCUGUGGUGUCAAAGGAAAACCGCCUGCUACGAGGAAGUCGAGGUCCGAGACUUUUCCACUAGCUGGAACGAUGGUCUGGCGUUUUGUGCCCUUCUGGAUAUACAUCGCCCUGACUUAAUCGACUUCGACGCGCUUGACAAAAAGGACCACCGUGGGAACAUGAAACUGGCAUUUGAAAUUGCUGCUAACGAAAUCGGCAUCCCCGACCUGCUUGAUGUGGACGAUGUCUGCGAUGUCCCAAGACCUGAUGAGCGCUCUUUGAUGACUUACAUCGCAUAUUGGUUCCAUGCCUUCUCCCAGUUGGAGCGGGUCGAGAAUGCCGGUAGACGAGUCGAAAAGUUCAUCAACAACAUGCAUGGCGCUUGGGAAAUGCAGAACUCGUAUGAAAGAAGAAUGAAGGAACUUCUGCGUCUCAUCAGAGCCCAACGCGAGGAAUGGAAGAACGCUUCUUUCGAAGGAACGUACAAGGAUGCCAAGGACCAGGCUUAUCAAUUUUCCUUGUACAAGAGAAAACAGAAACGGCAAUGGGUAGCUGAAAAAUCCGACCUUGCUGCCCUCUUGGGUAACAUCAAAACCAAGCUCAGCACCUACCGUCUCCGCCCCUAUGACCCCCCGGCAGAGCUAAGUCUUGAAGUUUGCGAUCAAGAAUGGGAAUAUCUAACGCGCGAUGAGCAUGAACGUAGUCAACUCAUUAACGAAACGAUUCGAGAUAUCAAGAACGCCCUCCGUCGUUCCUUCGCGGACAAAGCGAAUGACUUCGCACUAACUUUGAAGACUCUAUCUCUUGCAAUAUCCGGUCUUGAUGGCGAUGUAGAAGACCAGUUAGCCCAUGUUAAGAGACUCAAUGACAACCUUCCUCCCCUUGAUGCGUUUUUAGAUACUAUUGCGGAGAUAGACGAGCAGUGUGUGGAAGCGAACAUUGAAGAGAACGACUACACAACAUAUACACUAGAUGAACUCUCCUACGAGUUGAGCCUAGUCAAGUCGAGCAUCUCCAAGAAGCUAGCCUUCCUUGACAAUCAGCUUGUGGCUCGAAACAUGACGAAUUUGACCCCGAUCCAGUUGGAAGAGUUUGAAUCAGUAUUUAGACAUUUCGAUCGCGACUCCUCAAACACCCUUCAUGAGCUUGAGUUCUCUGCUGCCCUUGCCAGCCUUGGACUCGUAUAUGACGAGGAUGAGAUGCACGAGGUGUACGUUGAGACGUGUGGCCCAGCUAGAUUAGCACAGAACGCCGGAGUUAGCUUCGAACAGUUUAUCCGUUUCAUGGUCAGUGUGACUGAGGAUCAAAACACCGCCGAACAAGUGUUGCAGAGUUUCCGUGAAGUCGCAGAUGGCAAGCCAUAUGUCACUGAACUUGAUCUUCGACACUCCCUUAUUCCCGAUGAAGUUAUUGACCAUCUUGUUCAGACCAUGCCUAGGCAUGAAGUAUUUGACCGGGGUGAAGACCAAAAUGAACCCAAGUACGACUACUAUAGCUUCAUGGAGAAGAUGAUGGAGAGUGGCAACCGUGGACAGAGUAAUGCCGCGUCCAAUGGCGGGGCUUAAUGAGGUUUCGUAUCGCACCAUUGGCGUUUUGUCUUUUCUUUCACAUCCUCUAAUAUUUUGCUAUUGGAAGCUGCUACUGGUGUUCUCUGGAGCUAUAGGGAGGGAUAUGUCUUGAUCGGCGACGACAUGAAAUAUGCAUACCGGACUAGGACGAGACUUUUCUUGGUGUUCUUGCAUCGCAUCCUGGAUUUACUUUGUUUCUACUCCCUCUAUGAUGCCUGUUGGCAAUUGCUCACAUGUACACCACAUUGAUGGGGGCGGAAGUAGUUAUGGAAAUAAACACAGUAUCGAUAACCACAGCUGUAAUGUUAAG